AUGGUGGUGGUAGUAUUACAAGAACACAAAUUACCAGAGGCUUUCCCAUCUUCAGGGCACUGCUCAGGCGGUGAGGAGCUGCAAUGGAGGAAGAUACAUGUGUGGAGAAAGGGCAGGGAAGCCAUCAGCCGUGUUUGUGAAGCUGUUCCUGGCACCAAGGGAGCCUUCAGGAAGAGAAAGCCUCCAAGCAAAAUGUUAUCCAGCAUCUUCGGCAAGAGCAACCUCCAGUUUUCGGGGAUGAACAUCUCCCUGACUAUAUCCACGGCCAGCCUGAACCUGAGGACGCCAGACUCAAAACAGAUUAUAGCGAAUCACCACAUGCAGUCCAUCUCCUUCGCCUCUGGGGGGGACCCGGACACAACAGACUAUGUUGCAUAUGUAGCUAAGGACCCUGUUAAUCGCAGAGCUUGUCACAUUCUGGAAUGUUGUGAUGGGCUGGCCCAGGACGUCAUUGGCUCCAUUGGACAAGCCUUUGAGCUCCGAUUUAAGCAGUAUUUGCAGUGUCCUUCCAAGAUUCCCACUCUUCAGGACCGAAUGCAGAGUCUGGAUGAGCCAUGGACUGAGGAGGAGGGUGAUGGCUCAGAUCACCCAUACUACAACAGCAUUCCAAGCAAGACUCCUCCUCCAGGGGGGGUUAUUGAUUCUCGACUGAAAGCCAGACCCCAUGCCCCUGACACAGUCCAGUUUUCAGGAAAAGAGCAAACUUAUUACCAGGGAAGACACUUAGGAGACCCAUUUGGUGAAGACUGGCAGCAAACACCUGUCAGGCAAGGGUCCAUGGACACCUACAGCAUGCCAGAAGGGAAAGCCCAUGUGGUCCCUAUGGGAGAAGCCCCCACCUACGUGAAUACCCAGCACUUCUCUCUGCAGGCUGGACCAGCUGCAGGAAGCAGCACAGAGAGCAGCCCCAGGAAGGACCUCUUUGACAUGAAACCUUUUGAAGAUGCUCUUAAGAACCAGCCCAUGGGACCAGUGCUGAGCAAGGCUGCCUCUGUGGAGUGCAUCAGCCCUGUCUCACCCAGAGCCCCAGAUGCUGCCAUGCUAGAAGAGCUGAAGGCUGAGCCUUGGUACCAAGGUGAGAUGAGCAGGAAGGAGGCAGAGGGGCUGCUGAAGCGAGAUGGAGACUUCCUGGUCAGGAAGAGUACCACCAACCCUGGCUCCUUUGUUCUUACGGGAAUGCAUGAUGGCCAGGCCAAACAUCUUCUGCUCGUGGACCCGGAAGGCACGAUCCGGACAAAGGACAAGAUCUUCGACAGCAUCAGCCACCUCAUCAAUCACCAUCUGGAGAACAGCCUGCCCAUCAUCUCCUCUGGGAGCGAGCUAUGCCUCCAGCAGCCUGUGGAGAAGAACCUGUGACCAGCCAGAGGCCAUGUCUUGACAUGCGUCAUGGUCAGGAGGACUCGGUUCUUUCUGGUAGAUGUGUAUCAGGCAAUAGGAACUCAGGCAGCUGCUCACGUGCUUAGAGCCUUAUUCCAAAGCCCCAGGAGGAAAGUGUGUGUAAAGUACAGAGUUCAUAAAUUUCUUCUGAUUUCUCAUGUGCAUAUCGAAGGUGUAAAUACCUAUACAUCCUGUACAAAUGAUGUUUUUCUACUUUUUAAGACUAAGAAAGAAGUAAGGCUAAUGUUCUGUGCUGUAUGUUUUUAAUGAAAAAAUGUUUGACUGUAGUUGUCUGGGCACAAAUUUAAUUCAACUGACCCAUUCCACUGGGAAAGUUCACUAAGAAGUUUUUAUCUGAAGUUUACCAAUAAGCACAAAGAGGGGAGUAGAAGCAAGCAGGAGAGUUGGUAAUUGACACAGGGUUGUAAUAGAAUCAGACGAGAUGCUACCCAAAGAGGUCUAAAUCUGCAUGCAAAGCAGUGUUGUGUUGGUUCUAAUGGCUGUCCCUCCUCCUCCCAGAUGCCUCUUGGGCUGUCUGCAUCACACCUGCGUGUAUGAGGGUAUCCAGCACCAGAGGGUUCCUAUAGCUACUCUAAGGAGCAGGUGUCACAUUACCUGUUUUGAGUCAUGCUGAGCCCAGGAACGCUGUCCCCCAUGACCUUGGUUGUUCAGAAUUUCUUUGGAAUGCAUUUUACUGCCAAAUAUGGUAUAAAAUAAGCCUCACUAAUGAAGGUUAGUGAAAAUAAGCCUCAAAAUGAGGUGGUUUGUCAAAGCAUUGGUUUGUACAUCUUUCUGGUUGACCGGUUGAUUCCAGACUGCUUCAGUAGCUAUUGAUAAAGUUGCCCCUCAUCUUCUUAUAGUCAGUAGAGAAAAAAGUAUAUGUAUGAACUGUGCUAAACAGGGCACUCACGUGCUCACAGUUCUGUCCUGGAGACACUGGCAUUGGCCAGUUAUUUCUCCUGGGCCCAUGGUUGCCUGAAGCUGGGCAUUUGUGAGAAUCAAUUUGAAAAUUUUCUGGAGUGAUUGGUGGGUAAGGUGACUGAUUAUCUCUACAACAGGUUUCCCAGUCACUCCAAGUAAAGGUGUAUGCCCCAUGCAGUGCUGAGUGUUGGCUCUUUUCUUGGAGAUAAAACAUUGUGGUUUCUUGCUGGAUCUUUUGGUGUUAGGAAGUUGACAAUGUUUAUGACCUUUAAAAUAUACCUGGGAUGAGACCACCAUGUGACUGAACAAAUGUCUUUUAAAAGAUAGGAUUCAUCUGUGUGCUGGCACCUUGUCACUGGUGCUGCCAUGCUGGCCCCCGUCCUAGAGACAUCCCAGAGCACUCCCACCUCCUUGAGCACAGAGAUGGUCUCUACACAGUUGGACUUAAAUAGUAAUAACUUUGGUGCUUCAGGGCUGAGGAGUUAAGGGUAGAUUUAAACAAUUCUGAAGAGUACUAAUUCUGUAAAAUUCCUGUGUAUGAACUCCAUUUCCAUUUUUGGAGAUUUGUGGCCAGGGUGGGAGGGUGAGAUAUAGCUGAUGGAAAGGAUGGAUCAGAGCAAGGUCAAGGCUGAGUAUGUAGCCUUCCUUGGAGAUUUUGCUCUUUGAGUUUCCAGUGAAUUCAAGGUGACAGUGGUUCCAGUCUUCUAGAGUGUUCCACAGUGGAUUGGAACUAAUAUAGGCCAUUCUGCUGCUUCCUGGAAUGGUUCCAGGUACAGUGCAGAUGCCCUGCUCCAAGUUACUUAGAACAUGGGGUCUGAAUGGGAAUAGCAGCUGGCCCUGCCUUCUGCCGUGUGACAACACAGACUUUGGAAUGGUGGUGAUAAUGGCCCUGUGCUACCUUCUUAGAGGCCUGUGGAUGCUCAUAAUCAUCUGACUCUGUGAGGAAGCAUGAGCCUUCUCUGUGUAUGGGAUGCACACAUGUAAAAACAGACAAAAUAGCUUUCUUUUCUACAGUCUUGUAUGCCCCACUUGCAAGGCUGCAGUGCUAGUGUGACAGGGCAAGAGCAAGUAGGCAAGGGGGAGUUACAAACCAUGAGCCCCUGAACACCUGACCUGUUUUACUUUUCCUCUUGGGAACCUGCAGUUUAAGUAGCUCUCUGCUCUGAAGUUAGUGUUUAUCUCAGUGAUAAGCAAUGUGUGUGUGUACACACAUACAUGUGAUGGGUUUUUUCAUGAGAAUCAAUUUAGAAAAUUAAAAGUACUUGGGGACCUAAGUUUGUUUCAAAUAAACUCAAAAUAUGACUUUUAAAGCUCAGAUUAUAAGGUUGCUUCCAAUGAACAGACACCCUGGGAAGCAGAUUUGAGAUAUGGCAAACAGCCAUGAUUUUCCUGUCUUUGCUCACUCCAUUUGUAAAGCUUGUUAGAGCUUGCAUGAGUCAUCUCAUCUCCUCCUUCAGGUACGUGUGAUGAGCAUAAAUGUGAGCCUCACUCACAUACAGGGAAACUGAGGCUCCAACUUGUUCAAGGCCUCGUGGUUGGUGAACAUCAGAGCUAUUCUGUUUAUUCCUCAUCUCUCCAGCUCUGCUGAGCUUGGAGCUCAAGACUUGGAGGCAGAUGUGAUAGGGCCUCCUCCCCAUCCAGAAUGGGUCCUUCCUCCAGCACUUUCUCCAGCUGUGUUCCUGCCUGGGCAAAGGCAGGCAGAGUAGCACUCAGCAUGUGUUCCAACACUCCUGAUGCCCAGGGCACAUAUACCGUGGCUGUGCAGAGCCACCCUGGGCAUACAGGAUGCUCCAGACCUGCUGCCUUUCUCAUGGGACCCCUGACACUCAACCCAGGCCUCUGUGUCUGCUGGAAACACAAGGUAGGUCCAGCAGUCCUAAAAUGUCACAGUUUGUGGAAUGGCCCUAGAACCCCCUAUCCACCUCCCUUCCCACCUGCACCAUCCUGUAUGAAUUACCUAUGCUUCAGAUUGCAUUCUGGUCCUACUGAGAGACUGUGGGGCCUCAUAUGAGGCCAUUCAUCAUCAUCCCUGUUUUAAGUCAACUUUGAUGCUUGCCUACCAAGGAGAACCUGAAUAUCUCCGUAGGCAGGCUGAUAAACAAUGCAUCGAGACAGUUGCCAGUCUAUACCCUGUGCCUAAGCUACUGCUUCUGGCCAUUUUUUUAAAUUCGAGAAGCCAAACGACUGGUUUGCACUGAGUCUUGACUCAUGUUUCAUUUGAGCAACAAUUCUGUUUAAGGCCAUCUUGAUGUUGGGGUAAAUGGACAAAGACCCAACUGGGAAACAUAUGGUGUCUUAAAGGUUUCCUGGUAGAAAAGGUCACCACUGAUAAUUUCCAAUGAGGACAGAAAGUGACAAGCCAUGUGCGGGGAAAAAAGCAUGUAAAGGAAGGGCAGACCUGGGGGCAGGACAGCACUUUGUGUGGUCCCUUGAAAAGGCCCUCAGGCUCAGGGACACUAUUGACACAUGUUUUCUGACUGCAUGCCUAUCUUGGGGUCUGGAUGGGGCCCAAUAAUUUGCAUUUCUAAUAAAUUGUGAGUGAUGCUGAUGGGCAUUCUGGGCUUUGAGAACCACCAUUGUGAGUUGCCAGCCCUUAUGUGUCCCUUAUCGGUGGCUUUCCCCCUCUGUGAUUAUUCAGGGUGGGGCAAAAGUAGAUCUACAGUUGUUUGUAUGGAAGAUAAUACAAUAAUUAAUAAAUGAUAAUACAAGAACACAUUGUUUCACAUACAACUGUAAACCUACUUUUGCCAUACCCUGUGUUUUCAUGCUACUUCAUGUCAUAGUUCUAAGGGUCCAUGCUGUGAGUGUAAAAGUGGGAGAUUAAUAAUUAGCAUUUGUAACUUGAUUCAGUCAUUACUGGAAGAUAAAAUGCCACCAACCGGCCACAAUUUAUUUAUAAUGAGAUUUAUACAUAUUUAUAAGUUUUCAAGCAAUGUCAUGAAUAGUUUUAAAACAAGUACAAUUUAUAGCAGCCAGAAAAAUGGCAACUUCAUAUGAGGAUUUGUGAAUGUCAGUCACAUAUGUGUAUCUACACAUAUAUGUACCUGCAUUGUUUGAUGGGUGUGCAUCUAUCUGUGUGCACAUGAAGGUUAGUUGUGCAGUUUGCACCUUGAGACUCCUCCCUGGGUUUUGACAUUUUGACUAACAAGGACAAGUAGGACAUUAAACAAAUGUUAAGAGUUUGGGGACUGACGUAUCCUGGCAUUCACAGACAUCUGGAGGAGGGUCCUGGGUUUUACAGAAAAAAGACAGGAGGGACCCACUGUGGAAAAUGACAGAGGUACAUGAAGGAAGAGAGGCUAGUAAAGGAAGAUGAGAAGAGAGGACAGAGGGUGAAGGAAGAUAAGCUAAAAAGAAGGGGGUAUACAGUCAACUCCAGGCUAAUGACCUGUAUUUAUCUGUCAGUGUGUAGUGUCUGUAGGAGGCCAGUGAGGAAAAACAGGCAGUCAGGCAUAGCAGAGGCUGUCCUCAAUGCAGCAUGCUGCGGAGGUCAGGGGGCAGCUGUGUAUUUGGCGCCACUUCUUGGUGUUUCUAUCCAGUCUGCUCUUGGUCUUGUCUAUAUACUAGUUCACAUGUGACAGGCACUAUGCUGGGCUCCUUGGAUAGAGAAGUAAAUGAUGGGGGUUCUGCCUGCCUGAGAGUGUAAUCCAGUAGGAAGUAAACAUACACGGAGUGUUGGUGUGACAAGCUUGAUGGUGUUGUGGCUGAGUCCAAUAGUACUGUGGAGACUGGAGCUCCUGGGUGAACCUGGGGAGUCUGAAGGCCUUGCAAACUGAAGGGCAGGUGAGACCUGAGCAUGACUGCAGGAAGAAAAAACCUGGAGGCCCAGAAGGAGGCAGGACACCCUCACACAGGCACAAUGGCUGGUGUUAGCAGGGGUGUUGGAAGUGAAGCUGCUGUCACUUCUCUCUUCCUGCGUUCACAGGGGCCCCAAAUAAAUGAAUUCGUUAAUUCCCCCAAAACAUAGUGCUUCCUCCUGGGGGGCUAGAAGAGCCAUUCUCAUGUGGGAAAUGAAAUCUCAGUUUAAGUCCUGUUUUGUUGUGUCACCUUAAAAUACUACAGGCAGAAAAAUUAGCAUGUCGGAACACGUGCUGUUGUCCUGAGGGGUGAGGUGAUUCAUUCAUGCUUACCUGGGACAUGUCACCACAACCAGAGGUUCUAACCACCGAGUCAAGAGAUUUAAAGCAAAAAUCAAUGGAAAAAAAGUCUAUCCUUAAAAUUAAAUUACCUGGUAACAAUUCCGUGUUAAUUGCAAAUG